AUGGAGCCGCUCGACUCGGGAGCCCUCAACGUCUCGUGGGCUGGUAACUGGACCCAGGGCAACGGCAGCGGUCCAGAGAACAGGACAGCGAACCCCCUGAAACGGAACGAAGAGGUGGCCAAGGUGGAGGUCGCCGUGCUGGUGCUGGUGCUGCUGCUGGCGCUCGUCGGCAACCUGUGCGUCCUGGUCGUCAUCCACAGCAGGAAGCCCGGCCACAGUCGGAUGUACUACUUCAUGAAGCACCUCAGCAUCGCGGACCUGGUGGUGGCCGUCUUCCAGGUCCUGCCGCAGCUCAUCUGGGACAUCACCUUCCGCUUCUACGGGCCGGAUCUGCUGUGCAGGCUCGUCAAGUACUUGCAGGUGGUGGGCAUGUUCGCGUCCACCUACAUGCUGGUGCUGAUGUCCGUGGACAGGUGUCUGGCGAUAUGCCAGCCGCUCCGCUCUUUGCACAAGAGGAAGGACCGCGUCUAUGUCGCCUCGUCUUGGGCGCUCAGCCUGGUACUGAGCGCCCCCCAAGCCUACAUAUUCUCUCUGAAGGAGAUCGGCAACGGAGUCCACGACUGCUGGGGGGACUUUGUGCAGCCGUGGGGCGCCAAAGCCUACAUCACCUGGAUAAGCCUGGCCAUUUACAUCAUACCGGUGGCCAUACUGAGCAUCUGCUACGGCCUGAUAAGUUUCAAGAUAUGGCAAAACUUCAAGCUGAAGACCAGAAGGGGACAGGCCAUGUCGCUGGCCCCGAGGGCCUCCAAGGGGGCCGUUUUCUCCCGCGUCAGCAGCGUCAGGCUGAUUUCGAAGGCCAAGAUCAGAACGGUGAAAAUGACUUUUGUCAUCGUGCUCGCCUACAUCGUUUGCUGGACGCCGUUCUUCUUUGUGCAGAUGUGGUCUGCGUGGGACCCCGCUGCACCCAGAGAAGACACGGCCUUCAUCAUCGCCAUGCUGCUGGCCAGUCUCAACAGCUGCUGUAACCCCUGGAUCUACAUGUUCUUCGCCGGCCACCUGUUUCACGACCUGGUGCGGUGCUGCGUCUGCUGCUCCACGCGGUACCUGAGAGCCUCCACCUGCAGCUGCCGGAGCCAGUGCAGUCACAAGAGCAGCUCCUCCACCUUCGCCAUCAAGAACGCCAGCAGCCAGCGGAGCCUCACGCAGACCUCCAGCACGGGGGGAGCGGGACAGCCCAGCUAA